AAAUCAUCGAAACCACAGCCCCUCUUCUCAUCUGCUCCUCAUUUGGAAACCCUAACCCUAACCCUUGGCCGUUGCGAACGCUUGGAGAUCAUCGCCAUGGCCUCCAAGGCAAGGAUCAAGGAGCGUGACGGAGCAAGCCCCGGGAAGAUCUUUGUUGGAGGACUCCAUAGAGACACUACCGAUGACAUCUUCAAGAAGCAUUUUUCAAAGUAUGGAGCUAUAGAUGAUAUUGUGAUAAUGAAGGACCAAAGGAAGCAGCCAAGGGGUUUUGGGUUUGUUACUUACGUUGACCCAUCUGUUGUUGAUAAGGUUAUUGAAGAUACACAUGUCAUUUGUGGUAAACAAGUUGAGAUCAAGAGAACCAUUCCAAGAGGUUCACAGCAGUCCAAAGAUUUUAAGACCAAGAAAAUAUUUGUUGGUGGGAUUCCCACACAAUUGACAGAGGAUGAGUUCAAGGAUUUCUUCUCCAAGUAUGGAAAGGUAGCAGACCACCAAAUCAUGCGAGACCAUGCUACUAAGCGAUCUCGUGGCUUCGGGUUUAUCAUAUUUGAGUCAGAACAAGUUGUUGAUGAUCUGUUAUCUAAGGGUAAUUAUAUUGAUCUAGCUGGAUCUAAGGUGGAGAUCAAGAAGGCUGAGCCAAAGAAAGCCUCAAAUCCACCACCUUCUGCAUAUGACAAUGAACCCAGGCCUCGAUCUUUCAAUGAUGGUUUUAGUGGAUUUGGUGAUGCUUAUGGUGGUUAUGGUGCUGAUGGUUUUGGCCCCGCAUCCUACAGGGCACCGGCAGGUCUUCCUCCACCCAGAUUUGGUAAUUACGGUGGUUAUGGAGGUGGUACUAGUGAAUUUGUCGAUGGAUAUGGUGGUAUUGGUGGUGGUAUGGGAGGUGGCUUUGGUGGUUACCGAGGAGAGUCUUCACUUGGUUAUUCCAGCCGCUUUGGAUCAUAUGGUGGUGGGUUUGCUGGUGGAUACGGCGGAGGUGCCUUAGGCGGUUAUGGCCGAGGUGAAGAGGGGUUCGGGGGUUAUGGCGGUGGGUAUGACUCUGGCCCUAUCGGUGGCUAUGGUUCCGGUGGGAUCUAUGGAAGUAGGGGAGCAGGUUAUGGUGGCGGUGCAGCCAGUCGGUACCAUCCCUAUGCAAGGUAGAAAACCAGAAAACAACCUAUUCAGCUGAUGAAGACAAUAUUCUAGACAAGUUGACCAAUCUUUGAAAUAGCAUUUGGUGGAUAUUUCCUAGUUUAUGAUGUUGCAGUCUCUGUCUCUCUGUUGGUGAUAACUCAGGCUUGAUCUUGGCUGCAUUAUUGUUCCAAAUUCCAUGUAAUGUGUAUCAAGCUUGAGUUUAUAUCACUGCCCUCUAUGUUUGUCUGUAGAACGCUGUGACAAACUGUUUUUUUACAAACUUGGUGCAAAUAUUUGUCUGUUCUUUCU